CCCCUUUGGUUGGCCAUGGGGGGAGCAGAGAUUGCCCCCCCCAGGCUGUGGGAGGGGGGCAGAGUAGGACCAGGACCCCCAGCACCCCAAGGACAGGAGGGACCCCCUUUGGUUGGCCAUGGGAGGGGGGCCCAGCACUUUGGGGGGCACCCCCAGCACCCCAGAGCGAGGAGGGACCCCCCUGUGUCUGGCCGUGGGGGGAGAGGAGCUCAGCCCCCCCAGGUCGUGGGAGGGGGGCACAGUAGGACCAGGACCCCCAGCACCCCAAGGAGAGGAGGGACCCCCUUUGGUUGCCCAUGGGAGGGGGGCCCAGCACUUUGGGGGGCACCCCAAGGAGAGGAGGGCCCCCCCUUUGCCUGGCCAUGGUGGGAGCAGAGCUCAGCCCCCCCGGCCCCCCACCUCUCUGCUCUCCCCCCCCCACCGCCAGGCACGGCGUGGCCGCACCGCGCCCCGUGGGCACCGUGGGGACCGUGGGCACCGCGCAUCCGAGUGGCCCCUCUGCACAGCACCUACCACGAGGACGGGCCCCCCUCCUACUACGACAACCAGGACUUCCCCUCGGCGCACUGGGACGACAAAAGCAUCCGGCAGGCCUUCAUCCGCAAGGUGUUCCUGGUGCUCAGCCUGCAGCUCAGCGUCACCUUCGCCUUCGUGGCCGUCUUCACCUUCGUCAAGGGCGUGAGGGGCUUCGUGCAGCGCAAUGUCUGGACCUACUACAUCUCCUACGCCGUCUUCUUCAUCUCGCUCAUCGUGCUCAGCUGCUGCGGGGAUUUCCGCCGCAAGCACCCCUGGAACCUGGUGGCGCUGUCCAUCCUGACCGUCAGCCUGUCCUACAUGGUGGGGAUGAUCGCCAGCUUCUACAACACCGACGCCGUCAUCAUGGCCGUGGGCAUCACGGUCGUCGUCUGCUUCACCGUCGUCAUCUUCUCCCUGCAGACCAAGUACGACUUCACCUCGUGCCGGGGCGUGCUGAUCAUCUGCCUGGUGGUGCUCAUCCUCUUCUCCAUCCUCUGCAUCUUCAUCCGCAACCGCAUCAUGGACAUCAUCUAUGCCUCCCUGGGGGCCCUGCUCUUCACCUGCUUCCUGGCGGUGGACACACAGAUGAUCCUGGGCAACAAGCAGCUGGCGCUGAGCCCCGAGGAGUACGUCUUCGCCGCGCUCAACCUCUACACCGACAUCAUCAACAUCUUCCUCUACAUCCUGGCCAUCAUCGGCAGGGCCAAGGAGUAGCGGCCCCCCCCCCAAACCCCCCCACAGCAAGUAGCCGUGCCCCGCGGCGCCCCC